CCUGACCGCUCAACCGUAACGAGUCUUAACAGAUCGCUGAACUUUGGGUCUAGAAAUCGGCAUCCGAUUUUUUUGACAUUUCGAUAAAAUCGUUAUCCCCAUAUAAGACAGUGGAAAAAAAAAGUCGUAAAUAGACCAAAUUUUUGUUUCAAUCUUACACGUGUAAAAAAUCACCUUGCAAUUUGAAUUAACGAGGUCAUCGGUCAACGGAGCUUCAAGUAUAAAAAUUCUUUAGGACAAUCCGCAAGCGUUUGGGUAAAAAGUUUAGUGUUUUUUUUCAAAAGUAUAAAAUUUUUGAAAAAUUCGCAUUGUGUCAGUGGACGUGUGAAUUGUAAUAAAAGUGCACAUAAGAUACGGAAGAUCUUGAUGGGUCUGAUCGUAAAAGUGAAAGCAAGCUCAGUGAUUGAUUAAGUCGAUCGAUAAAAUUCCUCGAAAAAGAGUAAUUUUUUAACGUGAAAAACGGUGUUUUUGAAAAGAAAAAAUAUCGACGAUGCUCUAGAAUGUUGUCUUCCUCGAUUUCCGCCACUCCGUUCAGUGUUCGUGACAUACUUAACGAGGAUCAACAAAUCUGCAGCAUGGAUUGCUACCCCCAUCAGCAACCUCAGGCACAGCAACAGCAGCAACACGUAUCCCAGGAUUAUUACGCGUACAACAUAAUUCCGGAGAGCAAUUGGGAAGUGGAGAAGUAUAAAGAGCAGCCAGUGCCCGGUUAUCAAAAUUACACGGAAAUGAGCCACGUUCAUCAAUUGAGUCAGGUCGUCCCGCCAUAUCAGGAAACUUCGGUCGCUGAAGAUGGAAACGUCGUCACGUCCAGCAAAACGGAAUUGCGCAAGAGUCAGUCGGGCAAGAGAACCAAAAGGAAGCCAAGAGUAUUAUUUUCUCAGGCACAAGUUUACGAGCUGGAGCAACGAUUCAAGCAACAGCGUUACCUGAGCGCCCCUGAAAGAGAGAUGCUAGCGCAAACUUUAAAGCUCACGAGCACUCAGGUGAAAAUCUGGUUUCAAAAUAGACGCUACAAGAACAAGCGCGCGCGCAUAGAAGACGCGGAGAAGCUGCAAGCUCAAAAUCUGAAGAAUCAAUCGCUCAAGAAGAUACCAGUACCGGUCCUGAUAAAGGACGGUAAGCCGAACGUCCACGAGUCGUACAAUCCGCCAUACUGGCCAAUUCCAAGGGCCGAUUUGGGAAUGGGAAUGCAACCGGAAUUCAGGGCUAACGAGAUCCGCCUGAGUCCGGAGUUCAGGACGAAUUCCAACGAGAUGCGUUUGGAUUCCAGCAUCAGUCCUGAAUUCAGAAACGAGAUGAAUUCCGACAUGAGCGGAAGAUCCAGUCUGAAUAUGGAUGUGCAUCGGCACCUGAGUCCUGAAUUCAGGACGAGCUUCACUCCUGAAAUUCGUCCCGGAAUGCAGUGCGACGUGAGAUCGAUCAAGAGGGAGUGCAGUUCGGAUAUGAGCAGCGAGGUGUCGCCGUUUCCGGAUUUGAAGAACAUCGCGCCGGAAGUUAAACCGAUUGGAAACGAGACUCGAACAGUCGCGGACAUUUCAAACGCAGAUUACAAUUUUACCAAUUAUCUUAACCCGCCUAAUUAUCAGAUGCAAUACGUGAGUUAUAUGGACCAGAUGCCUAUGGACCAAAAUUUACAAAGGUUAUGGUAAAAUGCACUUCGACGGAUGCAUCGACUAGACUGCACCUUUGCAAGGAGCAACGCACCGUUCUAACGAUUGAAGUCAUCCUCGCUAAAUCCGUUAUACCUGGAGCUUGGGAAAUUGGACGACCAAAAUUUUACGAAACCAAAAAAAUAUUAACCAGAGAGUAUUUUUUAGAAUAAGACGUUUUUAUUUUUCUUUUAUUUUCUUUUCUUUUUUUUUUUUACCCAGAAGAAACAAGUGUAAGCCUUCGUAGGAUAACUAGGCUAGUUAGAGUACUAGGAUUCACUUUAUUGGCAGCUGUUAUUCUCUAGGAUAGAUACGACUUUUUUGCCCAAAAACCCGGUAAAGUGGUGCUUGAACGAACAGAACGGAAAUUGCCUUAAGUGGUCUUUGCGGAAGCAUCAAUUCCGACCAAUCGGACCUGCGACUUCGCAGAGCAUCUUAAGAAGGAUCCACUCGGCACCUUAAAAACCGAUCUAAAGGCGGUUAAAUCUCUAUUUAAAAAAAAAGUCCGUCCCCAAAACGUCCGAUCGACUUUUCAAAUAGCCUAAUUCGGCGUAUUAAUUAGUGAACUCCGCUCUUUUUCAAAUCCCUCACUCUCACCUUAUUAAGUGCUAUCGAAAAUUCACCUCUGAAAUCUUCGUAUUUUUAUCGCCCCUAUAUUAACGGCACGGUAGUAAAGUGAAUGAAGGGGGCAAAAAAAAAUAGCGAAAUGGCAUAUAUAAAUAGGUGAGUUCUGACAGCUUGAGCGAAGCCAGGGGUGCUUUUAGGUUAUCGCGCAAGCACGACGGGUCAUCUGGCAGUCAAGUGGGCACAUAGACUAUGUUCACAUUGGUGCUUGAUGCUUGCACGCUGUAUAAUCACGCUCACGGUGCUACUGGUGCCAUGAAGGACCAUGGGAAUACGCUGAUAAAAAUGUCAGGCUUAAUUUUAUCGUGCAGGUGUACUUGGUCGGGAUUACUGAAUAAAAAUAAUAUGCAUUUACUUUCGAAUCUUUUUUUGGGCAUGAUG